GAAAAAUAAACCUCCAUCCUAAUGAAUUAGUCCCAUUUUCUUUCGGCAUGAAGAUUAGGAAGAUAGGUAUAUUGAGUUAAAAUAGUGAUGUAUUUAGAAAAAAAAAAUACUAGAAUAUAGAGUAAAAGUGGUGGAAUCAUAUCCUAAAAUAGAAAUGGGGCAAAUACAUAAAUGGAAAAAUUCAUUGGUACGGAGGAGUACUGUAUGUUUUAUGCCAAUCCUACAUAACAAUCUCUUCUCUUCCCAAUGGUAACGAAGCUAUGAGAUUAACCAGCUAUAGCUUUCUACUUUUGGAGGAAGCACUGCAAGCUGCCGGGAAAGAUAAUAUGAUAUAGAGGAGGUAAAACGAAAAGGAAAGUUUGUUUUUCCUCAAGCAUUUAGGAAGGGUUCCAUUCACUUGAAAACUCCUUUUGAAUUUAUUCCAAUUCAUAUUCGCUAUCUCAUAUUAUCUUAUUCUUAUGAGAACUAAUGCCUUAAUAGUCGUGAGUCGUGACUCAUCACAUUAUGGAGAGAGAUAGUUGGAAAAUGUGAAUCUGUAAUAUGUUUAUGAUUAAAAGGUGGCUGCAAAUAAGCCUAGCUAUGUUUUGGGUUGUACACGUUCUGCUUGUUAUGUUUUUUAAGUGUUAGAACAUGGUUCGAACUCAAUCUGAGCUUUUGAAAUUUCUGCUUGAUCUUUGUUCAUUUAGCUCUUUAGUUAUUUAAGAUCAACUCAAGUUUGCUCAUCUGAAAAUGAGCAUGAUCGAGCCCAAUAAACCAGCCUAUAGAAACAAACUUAACAAAAUAAGCCUAACCAAACAGGUUUAGCUGACCAAGCUUUUGUAAGGAAAAAAGUGAGUGAUUGUUGAGAGACCUAAAAGAGACUAAAAAUGGUCUGAAAACAAAAAAGACUAAAAAUAUACUUGCUUAUGUACACUAGUGGUAAGUGGAGCUCUCCUAAUCUGUGGACUUGAUUUAGCUUGAUUGAUCUUCAGUGAGAUAAUUUUAGCAAAAGCAAAUCUAUGAUUUCAAAAAUAGACAUAUUUGGGGUGACAUAAUAGAUAUAGUUGGGUUGCAAGCUAUAUGGAGGUUUAGUACGCUAUUUUGCGUUUUCAAUUUUCUUUUUACAAAAUAUUAUGCUAUGUUUUACUGGAAGAAUUUUCACAUUCCAUAAAUAGCAUUGAGUUUUUAUUGAAUUGUGAACGAGUUAUGAAUGAGCAAUUAAUGAGAUAUAAAGAGUUAUGAGCAAGAUGUUUGCAAAUCAAGGAGUUGAACACAAGUGUGUUUGAGUUGGACUCAUUAAGUAAACAAGUAUCAAAUUUUUGUUUGGCUUGUUCAACUUUUUUAUGGACGAGCUUUGAUUCAGCUUGUUCACGAGUUGUUUGCAAAAAUUCCGUUCAUUUCCCCCCUAAGGUACAAUCAAGAAUACUAUGAGUUUGAUCUCUUUUUGGUGGACUUUCCUGUGUAUUAUAACCAGGAAGUCUGUGUAAAUUGUUUAUGUAUAUGAUGAUAAGAUAACCUUAUCAUAGUUUGUCGCUUAUCCAAAAAUUUUCGUAUGGAUUACAACUUUUGAUUAACCAAGUGUAAUGACUUUAUGAUUGUCCACUCUUUAUACCAUUUAUCAAACAAGUACCAUUAACCUACUAACUACUCUCUGUUUCUAAAUGUUGUUCCUGCACCAAAUAUGGGAUGGAAUGAUCCAAGAAACCGUUUAACACCUUCAAGAUUGAUGCCAAGAACUCCCUUGACACACGAAGAACAAGCAAAACCUUCUGUUUUGUAUGAAAACAGAAGGGUGACAAGAACAAUUCGGAUGAAUGGUUCUAUGUCGUGGAUGGAGACAAUGAACCUUCAUUCAGUCCCUGGCCUCCUCCUCACACUCAAGUUAGGAUUCACUCUCUUAACUCUCGUGGAAUUGACUGAAUCCUCUCUUUGCUUCACUCACAAAGACAACACUCAGGCCAAGUAUUCUGAAAUCAGCCAUUCUCAAAUAUCUGGCGAACACGCGACCUUGGAGCUGAUCUUAUGGGCUCUGUGAGGACUCUCCGUGCUAACUCUGAGUCUUGGCUUCUUCUUUCUUGUCCAAAGAUGCCAUUCUUUGAUUUCCCUCGCUCAUACACACACCAGGUUAGCCGUUCCAAUGCUCGCAAGAUGGGCUGCCAGGCAGAUCGGUGUCUUUGCUGUUUUGUUGCUUGCUGAUUUGGGAACAGCCUUCUGUUCUGGUUAUUGGCUGUUGGGAGACUUCCCUUUGUUCCCCCUUGGUCUUGCCAUGCUUGUAUGUAGCUGUUCAACCCAUCUUGAAGAUGAUCUCCCUUAUUCUUCAAGCAAAAAUCAGCAAGUACAGUAGACUCAGCAAGUGUACUGAAACAAUUAUGCUCUACAUGUUUGGACUUGU